AUGGUAUGCUAUAUGAAGUUGCUUGUGUGGGCAGCACCCAAGAAAGAGGAAGAAACAUUUCUGUCUGCUUGGACAUAUCAAACUGUGUUCAUCAUAUCAAAUCGGUUUACUGCCUGCCGGAGAUCAGACUCACCAGAACACGUGAUGUCAGUCAGAAUGGCUCCUCCUCUUGCUCUGGUGAUUCUGCUCAUGAUUCAAGGUGUUUCUUGCCAGUGUGUUUGGAAUGGUUACAGCCCUUCAUACAUGUGUUGGUCAGCAGUGCCAAUGUGCUGUUACACUUGUCCAUACCCACACAAUCAGCAUCCCACAUCACCUUAUAUGCACCCCAAUAUCGGAUAUCCUCCAUUGAAACCAGUGAUCUACAUCAGUCCAUCUACUGAAAUAGUGGAGGGAGAUUCAGUGACUCUGAUCUGCAGCAGUAAUUCAAACCCACCUGCAGAAUUCAGCUGGUUUAAAGGAAGAACCUUUGUAGGAUCUGGAAAAAUCUACAUCAUCUCAAAGAUCAGAUCUGAUCACGGUGAAGAAUACAAGUGCAAGUCCAGAAAUGAAUAUGGAGAGAAAUACUCUGAUGCUGUGGCUCUGAACAUCUUGUACCCACCCAGGAGUGUCUCAGUGUCCAUCAGUCCAUCUGGUGAAAUAGUGGAGGGAGAUUCAGUGACUCUGAACUGCAGCAGUGAUUCAAACCCACCUGCAGAAAUCAGCUGGUAUAAAGGAGAAACAAUAGUGGGAUCUGGAGGAAUCUACAGCAUCUCAAAGAUCAGCUCUGAUCACAGUGGAGAAUACAAGUGCAAGUCCAGAAAUAAACAUAGAGAGAAAUAUAGCUAUCCUCCAAGAAAUGUAGUGGUGUCCAUAACUGGAUCUGCUGAAAUAGUGGAAGGAGAUUCAGUGACUCUGAUCUGCAGCAGUGAUUCAAACCUACCUGCUCUGAACUUCAGCUGGUUUAAGGAGGAUGAAUCCUCAUCUGUUGGAUCUGGACAGAGUUUCAGUGCACUACAGAGUGGACGCUUCUACUGUGAGGCUCACAAUCAACAUGGAUCUCAGAGAUCAGACGCUGUUACUGUCAAAGGUUAA